AUGUCUAGCGGCUACGCUGUCUGGUGUACCGUAGAAGAUCACGAUGAAGCAAAGUUUCAGACACGAAGGUUUACAAGUGGCACAAAAAUCAAGACAGAAGGCAAGCGAAUGUGGUUCCUUAAGAAGGGAAUAUGCAAGAUCACCGAAUUCCUGCCUACACAAGGUCGUCGUCAUUAUCACGACAUACACGUUUCACAGGGUGCAUUUGUUGGCGAACGGAAUAUCUUAAGGACCAAAUGGGGUGGCCAAUAUUUGCCGUUGAUGUGGCCUAAACGACGUUAUGAGACGACUACUUUCUGUGAGAUGGUGGAGGUCAAAGAGGAAGCCAUUCAACAAAUUAUCGCUGUGGAACCCUCAAUUUACACCACUAUCAGCAAUGAAAUACAAGCUCAUCGGCUUAUCACUGAACUUCGGCACAGCUACAAGAAAAGACAUGACAUGACUGUUGAGAAUUUCUGGACAAGUUUCCAACGUUGUGGCAAGUCGUUCAAAAAAGAGGAACAUUUGACGGUCCCCGAAGGUCGAAUAGCAAUUGUGGGAAGACAUGACAUGACUGUUGAGAAUUUCUGGACAAGUUUCCAACGUUGUGGCAAGUCGUUCAAAAAAGAGGAACAUUUGACGGUCCCCGAAGGUCGAAUAGCAAUUGUGGGGUGCUGGACUCAAAUAUUACUCGUGGUGCCGCGAACAGCGAUGGACCAUCAUCUCCAUAUCAGGGGUCCUGCAAAACUCUGGGUCAAACCUGCCGACAAAAGAGCGUCUGGGAUGGUGUACUACGAGAAAAUACGCUACGAAGAUUCUAACGAGGGUGUCGAAGUCAAUUCUUGCGUGUCAUUCGUACAUGAUACCUCUGGAGUGAGUAAUUUGUCAUAA